UUGGAUGUCGUCUGGCGUGCUAUCAAUGUUAGAGGGAGAGUGCGGACACUCGUACCUCACAUCAUCAUUGGCACUUGACAAACAAGCAGAGGCUUCACAAAGAGCAUACGAGUUACAAAAAGGCUGAUACUCACGAUGACUACCCAUGUUAGCAACGCCAAUAUUCCAGCUAUCAAGGUGGAGGACUUUGAUAGUGGUGAAGGUCUUGUGGGUGGGUCUACAGCUGCCAACAAUAUGGAGAUACUGAAACACAUCAAUGCUUUAUUGGACAACUCCCUUAACAUGACAAACCUUGCAGGCAGUAUGCUGCCACAGGAACGGGCAAGAGAAGUAAUGCCACAGAUGCCAAUGUAUGCUGCCAACCCUUCAGCCGACUACCAGUCCCUGGUUGGCUACAACACUGUUCCACAGUCAUCACAGGCUACAACUGCCUAUCCUGGUAAUAGUGAGAUCCUCUUCCCUCCAGGCUUCCAGCUGUUUUCCCCAACAUCCCAUGCAGCAGCAGCUGCCUCCCUCCAGCAGUACGGCAUGUACAGCCCCACCGACACCAUGGGCUACUCCACCCCACAGCGCUACCCCAGGGCCAUCAAGGGGGAGAGGACAGCAAGUACAGCUUCAAGUGAUUAUGGAUCGAUGUCUCCAGUAAGCCCAAUGAGUGACAUGAGUCUCUCUCCUAUGGACAAGAUCAUCUAUUCCACACUACUGUCGGGCAACAGAGCCAAUCGCAGUCCUUCACCAUGUGAGUCGGACACAAGUGGACUAAGUAGUGAAUGUUCAGACCCUGCACUCCUUGACAUGAUGAAUUCAUUGAGCAUUGGUGGCAAGUUGAAUAUCCGUGGUCCCCAAACUGACAUGACAAGCCAGCUGUGCCAGAGCAUGCAGUCUGUUCAGAUGGCCAAAGAUGCUCUGGUUCCCCUGGAGUCUAGUCAGCUGUUGCAUGACCAGGCCUGGCAUUCACAAGCCAUCACUCCCUUCCUCAACAUGACCAAUGUUGACCCAUAUGCCAUAGACAGGGCUGCCAGGCUACACAGAAAUGCUGCUGCUGUAAGUGAGGCAAGCUGCACAUGGAGUGGUCCAUUGCCUCCAAGAAACCACAAGAACCCAACAUACUCUCCCAAAGUGUUUCUUGGAGGUGUUCCAUGGGAUAUCACUGAAGCUGGACUUCAAGCAGCCUUUAACAAGUUUGGAUCUCUCAAGAUAGAAUGGCCAGGGAAAGACGGGUACGUGUACCUCCUGUUCGACAAUGAGAAGUCUGUUAAGUGCCUUCUGCCUGCCUGUACACACGACUUCAGCAAUGGUGACUACUAUUACAAAAUCUCCAGCAGAAGAAUGAGGUCCAAAGAGGUCCAAGUGAUUCCCUGGGUGCUGGCAGACAGUAAUCAUGUGAGGUCCCCCUCCCAGAGGCUGGAUGCCCAGAAGACUAUCUUUGUGGGAGCCCUGCAUGGCAUGAUCACUGCCGAAGCACUGGCCAGUAUCAUGAAUGACCUGUUUGGGAAUGUUGUCUAUGCUGGCAUUGACACCGACAAACACAAAUAUCCUAUUGGGUCAGGCCGUGUUACAUUCAGCAGCAAGAAGAGUUACAUGAAGGCAGUCCAGGCUGCUUUCAUAGAGAUCAAGACACCCAAGUUUACAAAGAAGAUCCAGAUAGACCCUUACCUGGAGGAUGCCAUCUGCUCGCUGUGUAGCAUCCAACAGGGGCCCUACUUCUGUCGAGAAAUGCAGUGCUUCAAGUACUUCUGUCGAUCAUGCUGGUACUGGCAGCAUGCCCUUGACACCAUGAGACACCACAAACCUCUCACAAGGAACACCAAGAAUUCCAUUCCAUUUUAAGGAAGAGGGUAUAUAUUCCAGACAUCCAGUUGCUUGUGAGACUUGAAGAGGUUGCUUAUUUUUUUACCCUGGUCAUGUGAUAACCUUUACCUAUUGGACACCUGAUAUUUUUCCUAUGCCACUAUACUCUAUUGUUGGUUUGUUGAAUAACAAUAACUUGUUUUGUACAUAAGUGCUGUUUUCUUUGUUUACAUUUGAUUUUGUUUACCAGUGUCUCAAAUGAAUUUUGUUAUAAAUGAGACAUUGAUGAUUUUCCCUGAUUGAUUAUAGUUUCAGAUGAACAAGAUGUAUCAAUAUUUUAUUUUUCUUAUCCCAUACACUAGUCUCGCCCAUUUCAUAGACAUUUUAUAUUAUGCUAGCCUUUUAGGAACAUCAUUACAGAUAGUCUUGAUACCAGAAAUACAUACUUUUAGAAGUUUUAUAACAGUUGAAAGGAAAGUGUUUAACUCCUGGAAUGUGUCAAGUUACAAUUUAGGAAAUAUAACAUGGCAAUCCUUAGUGUGAUUAAGGAAAUGGUUGAAAAUUGCUAAUCUUUUAAUCUCCAAUCAGACCAUAUAUGGUAUAUGCUUGUCUCAAAUACAUGAACAGGGGUUGAUUGAAUAGCUGGGUUUGUGGCCAGUAGAAAUGGCAGAGGCUAUGUAGGCCAUUUAAUAACCUAUCUGCACACAUUCACAGGUUUAUAAAUAGGCUUGUAAUGUUCUGGAAUUCUACAUAUAAGCAAUAUGAAGUUGAUUAUUGCAACUAAGAAAUAAGACCAAGACCCACAUUGCCACAGAUAAACACAAUGGGCUGAAAGCAGUAUUUGGUUUAUUCAUAUGACCCAGUGUGCUUCCUUGGAGGACCAUUGAUGGGGCAUUGAUGGCCCAUGUGUACAGGCCCUAAGUUUGCUGAAAUGCUAAUUAAAUAGACAUUAAGCUCAACACUCACUGAAGCAGUUCUUUUCAAUGCUUUGCUAAAAAUCCACCCCAAAUUAAAAUGAAAUAUACACCAGGAGCAGUUUUAUCAAUGUGUUAACAUCUUUUUAUAAGCAUUAAUCAUCCCAUUGUACUUUCUAGCCUCAGAUCAGUUCAGGUUUAUUUAGUAUGAAGUUAUUUUAUUGAAACAUGAUUAUUUUUACUGUGACAUUUGACCUUUGUAUCCAUCAUUUUCAGGUUUUGACUGAUAGCAUAGUUUCUUUCUUGCACAACACUCUCUGGUCCUGUUGGGUCUUAACACUGAAUCCUUAAGUUUAAUUGCUUUGAACUUGGAUGGCACAAUAUGGCAUGUUGACAACAUAUAUAUUGUUGCUAUCUUUUUGCUCAUUUUUGAAGGUUGUAAUUGUAUCUGUCCUAUUUUUGUUAUUUGAGUUGGUAUGUUAGAUCAGUUAUUUCUAAACAAAUUGAGAAUUGAAUGGAAAAUACUCUAUUCCCCGUAACAAUUGUAUUUUGUAAAAUCUGUAUUUUCACAAAGUUUAAUCAUACAGAAAUUUGGAAGAUUAUAAAGUUUUGUUUGUCUGAUCAGGCGAAUUAUACAUUUCUUUAGUAGAAGAUACCAAAAUUUGAGAUCUUAGACAGUUAAGAACUAAGUGUAAAACAUGAAGUUCAGCCAACAAAGACCUUUUGUCUCCAAAGUCACCAUGAUAAUAAAUCAGCCUGCAAUGUUAAGCUUUAUCCCAAGUACCUUUCCUUUUAAUUGCAAAUGCAAGUCAGUCUAUUUUUGUUUUUCAUUUCAUAGCAAACUAUUUAAUGUUUGUUCCGUCUGGGACUUUUUUAUGUUUCUUUUGUGAAUUUACAAGUGACUUUGAACCCAUUAAAUAUGUUCAGUUGACUCAUUUGCUAAAGUUCUUGUAUCAUAUUUUUUUUUGUAUUGAAAUGCUUUUCAAUAGUUACAAAAAGUUUUAUCUGGAAGAUUGGUUAGAAAUGUGAUACAGAUAGAUUAUGAAUUACUGAUUGUACCCACACAAAAAAAAUGUUUCACAUAAUUUUGUGAAAUUCAUCUAGUAUAAGAAGUUUAUCAACAAAAGUUUGGGUUAACAGUGUACAUAUAUGUAUUGUUACAUGUAGUUACCUGUUUGUGUUUAUUUUGCACAGUUAUAAAUUAAUGCACUUGUUUUGUUUGAAAUAGUUCAGGCUAUGAGUUGAUGGUCUCAGUUUUCAGUUGGCCAUAUUUCUGCUUAUUUUGAUUGUGCUAUUUUUUGACGUGCUAUUUUUUGACGUGCUAUUUUUGUCAUGUUCGUUCAGUCAUUCCCUAGGUAGUACACACUUGUGUUCAAGCUAAUUUGAAUCUCUGCCUGAAGUGUUGUUGCUCAAGUCGUAUUUGUAUGCCAGACCUGUCAGUAUUGAAAUGAUGCUUGUCCUAGUGUAUUCUCAGGACUUGAUUUAGCUACAUGUAUUUAAAACAUUUACUAUUGUUAAAUGCAAACUAAUAUUCAUAUUUACAUGCACUUGGUGCAUGUAAACAAAACUCAAAUUGUCUGAUUAACCCUUACAAGUCCACAAUAUUCAAUGUUUGAACCCUCAGUACCCCUUCAGUUAACAUACUAUUUCACAAGUCUGUUAGGUGUAAUUCAUGACACAUGGCAGUCAUCAGAGACUAGUUUCAACUUGAUAAAUUCAUGGGACUGCUGUGCAACCUGGUUUUGUCAAGUUCCUUACAUCGAGUCCAGAAUACUCAUGUCUGUUCCUUUGUGUACCCUUUACAGUCAGUGUUAUGCCUACCCUCCAUUUCAAUUAAAAAAGGGAUAGCUGAAGAAGCUGUAACCCUGUUCCAACUAAUGCCCUAUUUUUAAAUACCAUCAGCAUAGGUGUUUUUUUCUUUCAUGAAAAGCCAAAAUGAACCUCUUAUUUGCGUAGUUGUUUGUUUCAAUGCUGAAAGUAGACUUUUUUAGAAAAAAAUAACUUGCAAUUAUUGGUUCAAAAGCACAAUUUGCAGGUUGCUAGCCAAUGUUUAAACACAAGUCAAAUUCAUGUAUUUUAAUGUACUCUCCUUUGCAAACUAAUAUUUCAGUGAUAUUUUCCAAUAAGGGACAUGAAUGUAAUUGAGGAUAAAACUAAAUAUUUCAUUCUCUUGCUUUGACAGUUUUAGAGACAUGCCUUAAACAUUUUACAAGCUGAUAAUUUUUACGCACAUCUUUCCAAGGAAAUCAUUCAUGCAGUUUUAUGUGACCGAGAUAGACCUUUUUUUAAAUCGCAUGUAACAAAGUGAGAUGUAAUAGCAAGCUUUUUAAGAAAUCUGAAAUGGAAUGUAAAGAUUUUUAUUGCUUUAACAAAUGUAGUAAUAUUUUACCAGCAGUAAUGACUCUCUAAACUUUUAUGACAUUUUAUCCAACAGCUUCAAUUCAUGGGAUAUAUGUCUAAUCUUUUAAUUUCCUAUACAAAGGGAAUUAGUUACACAAUUCUAAUUGUUUCUGCGUUCAUUUUGUCAUAUUUCUUGAGUUGAUUUUCUUUGUCAUUUCCAUUUUGCCCUUGUCAGGUGAUGGUAUAUGUUAGAAAAAAAGAAGAAAAAAAAUGUAAAAUAUUUUGUGAUGCAAAAAUAUUUGUUACUAUCUUUAAAAAAUUGUUAAAUAAAGCUUUUUAUAAGUA